AUGGCGAGUCGAAGUCAUGUGGAUGUUAACGAAAGGCGAUUGCGAACAAUUUACGAGUGUCUGGACCUUGGUAACAACAAGAAAGCUGUCCAAGAAGCCGACAAACUUCUUAAGAAGCAGAAAGACAAUCUUUGUGCCAAGGUCUUGAAAGCUCUGGCCCUUCUUCAUCUUGGCCGUCAUGAUGAGAGUAGUGCAAUUCUACAGGAAGUUCAUGCAUUGCAGCCAACUGAUGAAGCCACAUUGCAAGGGAUGCUCAUCUGUUACCGAGAAACACAUCAGUUUGAGUUGAUUGCAGACAUGUAUGAGAAUGCGCACAAAGCCCGUACGGACAGUGAAGAGGUCUUGUCUGCCUUAUUUAUGUCCUAUGUACGACUUGGCGACUAUAAGCGACAACAACAGACAGCCAUGUUACUGCACAAGUUAAAACCUAACAAGAAUCCAUAUUAUUUCUGGGCAGUUAUGAGUCUUGUUAUGCAGGCUCAUACUGCCCAAGAUCCGAAGUUGGCAAAAGGAAUGUACCUCCCAUUGGCUGAACGUAUGACUUUGAAAUACAUCAAAGAGGACAAGAUAGAAGCAGAAGCAGAAGUGCAACUUUAUCUGAUCAUUUUAAAACAGUUGGGAAAAUGGCAAGAAGCCUUGGAACUUUUAAAAGGACCUCUUGGAGAGAAAUUUACGAGUGAAAUUGAUUUUCGAAAGAAAGAAAUGGCAGAACUUUACUGCAAGUUGGAACGAUGGUCAGAUGCAAAUUCAGCCUACAAGAAACUUUUAAAAGACAAUCCUGACAAUUGGAGUUUUUGGAAGCAGUAUUUAACUUGUGUUAUUCAACUGGUGAAGUCGAAAAGUCAAAGCAACGAAGAACAAAACGAUGACCCACCAGUUGAUGACAGCCUGGCAAAAGCUACAGCGUUCAUUGAUAAACUUUGUGAACAAAAUGGACAAAUUGAACGUCCCCUAAGGGGACCUUACCUUGCAAAAUUGCAACUCGGGAAAUUGUGUCCUGAAGGAAGUAAUGACAAUAGUGAAGUCAUAGGUAAACCUACAGAUUUGUUGAAACAAUAUUUCAACAUGUUUGGUGAUAAAGCGAGAUGUUUUGCUGAUCUGAGACCUUACCUUGUAAUGCUUGGAGAUAAAGACAAGAGCCAGUUUUUGAAUUCAAUACACAAAGAUCUUCACUCUGAGAUGAAAGACAACUUUUCAGGAAUUUAUGGAUGGAUGUCACAAGUGAAAGACCUUCUAAAGUUUUAUAAAUAUGCACUCACUCGAGGUAAAGACUUGCUCCAUACUGACAUCCAGUAUGCAGACACUUAUCUACUUCUGGCUAUGCACCUUCUUUUGGAUAUAUGGCACCAAACAGGUGAUACAGGAGUCUUAUGGCAGGCAAUAACCCAGUUGGAGAGAGGCUUGAAAAAUUCACCAUCAAACUUUCAGCUUAAACUCUUGUUGAUACGACUUUAUUGCAUCGUAGGUGCAUUUGGUCCGUGUCCUGAUCUCUAUGACAGUAUGGAAGCAAAGCAUAUCAUAAAUGAUACAUUAGGUUACAUUGUUGCUAACCAUGUUGUGCGUCUUGGGCACUUUCUUUCUGCACACAUCAUGUAUGGUACAAUGCUUCGAUUUUUUUCUGUUAAUCAUAAAGAGAUUACAGAAUAUUUAAUUCCUUCCUAUAAAUAUGGAACAUUUAUUAAGAUUUAUGAAUUUGUACAGUUCCGAGAACGCUUACAGAAUUCUCUGCAGUAUGCAUCAGCUGUUGAAGAAAGGUUAUUGUUAGAUUUGAUUUUAGAAACAUGCAGUCAUACAAAUACCGAAGUAAUGUUAUCAAAUAUGGCUAUUGAUCCUGACAAAGAUCGGACAGAAUCUGAAAAAGAAUUACGAGAUAACCGUGAUUUUACGAUAAUGCACAAUUGGGAACCUCCUGAUGGUUCAACUCUUGAAGAAACCCAAGAGAAAUCUUUUAAAGAAGAGAAAGCAUGGUUAAGAUUGCACAGUUACAUGUUGCGAAUAUUGGUUGCAUCCAUCUGGCUUGGACAACAGCCAGACUCUCGUCCAGUGGAGAAUGGCACAACCCCAGCAGCCAGUAAGCGACCGAUGAUUGAACUCCUCUCUCUCUCUCUCUGUGACUGGCUCGUCUCUCUCUCUCUCUCUCUCUGUGACUGGCUCGUCUCUCUCUCUCUCUCUCUCUGUGAUUAUUUAUCUCUCUCUCUCUCUCUCAUCUUUCUCUCUCUCUCUUUCUUUCUCUCUCUCUCUCUCUCUCUCUCUCUUUCUGGUUUUUAUCUUUUCUCUCUCUCUCUCUCUCUUUGGAAAAUCUUUCUCUCUCUCUCUCUCUCUGUGAUAAGAAACCCUCUCUCUCUCUCUCUCUCUUGUUUCUUUUUUCUCUCUCUCUCUCUCUCUUUUCUCUGUGAAAAGAGCUCUCUCUCUCUCUCUCUCUCUCUCUCUUUAUCAAAAAAGAAUCUCUCUCUCUCUUUGCUUGUCUCUCUCUCUCUCUCUCUCUCUCUCUAUCAAUUAUUUCUCUCUCUCUCUCUCUCUCUUUCUUUCUCUCUGUUGAUUCUCUCUCUCUCUCUCUCUAAGACUCUUUCUUAA